AUUGAAUUUGUUGAAUCAAACUCUAUUAUUAUUUUUAAAAAUAAAAAAACACUAAAAAUCUUAAAAAUUUAGGCACUACACAAUCUAAUCAAGAAGUUAAUAAGAAGGAAUUAAGAAACAAAAUGAAUAAGCAUAGUAAUUAAUUAAUCUGUUAUCUUUUUACAUGCGAUAUUCUAACAACUUAUACCAUGGAAACAUGAUCGUAAGAAUUCCAAAUACUUUUUUGGAAUAUCUUUUCUUUUUAAGCUGUUUUUCCAUUGGUUGCUUUUGCGCGGGUUAAAUAUUCUGUGCACUCAGAUGCGCAUAGCACUUGCUAAAGUUUUUUAUAUAAAGUUUUAUUUCAAAAUUUGAAACUUUUCAAAUAAUUGUAAAUUGGCAAAUAAAGAUUUUAUUAAAAUUUUAUUUUUUUUAACAUAUUUAUUUCAUGAUUUUAUUAUAAGAUGGAAAAUGAUGUAGAAAAUAUACUAUCAAAUAGUGAUCAUACAAUUCAUACAAUGUAUACUCCUCGAACAAGAGGAAGACAACAAUUUAGUUUAGGUAUUAGUUCUGCUCCAGCAGAAGAAAUUGAAGAUAUUAAUACAUUACAAGAAUUAUUAAAUAAAACUUGGACUAUUUUUGGGGUUUCUACUUUAUUUAAUUUUUAUCAAGAUGAAAUAUGUUUAAAACAAUAUGCAAAAAAAUUAAGAGAAGAAGUUGCAAAUAAUUUAACACAAGAAGAUGUAACAUAUAAUACAGAAUUUUGUAUUAUGGAAAACAUAAUAUUGAGACCUAGUCCAAUGGAUCCACCACCAAUAAAGAUUGAAGUUUAUUCUGAAAAAAGUAAUAAUGAAGAAAGUUCAAAGAAAUGUAUAUAUAAAGGAAUAUUUCUGUCAUGGAGAACUACUAAAAAUACAUUAACUGAUAAUUCUAUAAGAUUACCUCUUUUAUUAUGUCGUAGUACACAAGGUACUAUGGGAAUUGUUCAUACUAUAUUAAGUCGUAUGUUUGAUUGUAUGAUUGUCACAUUAUCUGCACAUGAAGAUGAUUUAUUAUGGCUUAUUCCAAUUGUAAUUACUCCAACAACUAAAGAGGAACAACCAAAAAGCAAAGAUGAAAUUCAUAUGGAAUAUAAAAUACCAGAACUACCAGAUACAGAUACAAUUACAAUAAAAUUUAAAAUUUUAGAUUUAAUAAAAAUAUUAACAGUAAUUAUAAAAGAUCAAAAUGAUGAAGCAAGUCUUGAAAUGACUUUUAAUUUAGAACAUAUAGAAAAAUUUCGUGAAGUUUUAUAUUCUCAAAUUUUAGAACUUGCUGGUUUACAAUUGGGAUUGUGUACAUUACAUAAAAUUCAUCUCCCAACACUUACUAUUAUGGAAAAUAAAAUGAAAGUAAUGAGUGCAGAUACUAUGAAUCGUAUUUUAUUAUAUUUAAAUGAAAAAGCUCUUGAUACGUUUCACACAUUAAAUCUUGAGAUGUAAUCUGUAUAAUAUAUUUUAAAUUAUUGAUGUUAAAUUAUUGUAAUAUUAAUUUUAACAUAAUAAUUUGAAUUAGUAUAUGCAGUUUUCAUCAUCAUAUGUUUUAUAAAUUUAUUUAGAUUUGGUAUAAUUUUUUUAAAUAUCACAGAUUGUAUAAAAUAUUAAUGUUAGAUUUCAAAUACUAUUACCAGUAAAUUUGUACAACACAAAAGUUACAUUCAUAAAAUAUAAGUAUUAUUAACAUCUUCAAUAUGUCAAUUAUAAUUCACUUCCUUAAGAAGUUCGUUUAUAUAAAUAAAAUAAAGUAAAAUUUUAGGAAUUCUCAUCUGCAAUAUCCAUCUAGAAGUAAAAAUGAAUAAGUAAGAACACGACAAUUAAGAAUGUAAUGUACAAAAUCUAUAUACCCAUCAGGUUGUUCAUCAAGUGGUGGUGGUACAGAAACACCAAGUACUUCUGAUAACAUAAAAGGUUUUAACCAUGUUACAAGUGGAGUACGACCUUUAGUAUAUUGUCCAUCUUUAUGAUAAAAUAGUAAACCAUCUAAGGGAUACAAAUUUGGAAGAUUUGCUAAUGAUAAACUUAUAUCAGUAUCACAACUGAUAUUUGGUAAAGAUAACAUGGGAAAACUAUUUUUAUAUGUAUUCCUUUUGUCAUUAUAAGAUAUGUAACAUAUAUAUAAUACCAUAUAAUUUGAAAAUAAAUAUAUUUACAUCACAAUUCAUCAAUGAUUGAUUAGACCAUGCAAGUACAUCUAAAAUAUAAUAUAUCUUUUGUUGUUUUAUCCAUAAACAAUCAACAAUGGUACAACUACUUCUAUGUUCAGAUGGAUUACCACCAGGAAGUGCAGAAUAGAAUUUACCAAGGCGAUUACCUCGUUUAUUAUAUGCUUUAGUUACACCCUAAAAUAAAUAAAAUA